AUCGUGCCCCUUGCUCAGUACCGAUCGAGACGAGCUGAGAAGAGCUGCAACGGCUUAAAAGCGCCCAGCUCCAGCUCCAUCCACGUGUGAGGCCCAAAGUUGCGUAGAAUUGCAGCCAUUGGCGACGACGGCGGCGACGCGUGAUCGUGAUUGGUUUUAAAGAUCCCACCGAUUGAUUGUAGUUAUCCGUGACAUUCCGUGACCGCAAAAACUACUAGAAAUGGCAUCCCGACUGUGUGGUGCUCUGCUGUUGGUGUGUGCUAGUUUUACGGGGCUGCUACAAGUAGGCCAUGCGCAAUUUGGAACCGCAUCACAGUUGAGGAAGGUUGUGCAGUGGACCUCGCUGGAUUUUGCGUUUCCUUCGGCGCGGGAUCGUAGUGAAGCGAUUACCUCGGGUCGCUAUAUCCCCGAGAACUGCAUUCCGCUCGACAUGGACGUCGAUUAUGGAAAUCCUGCCAAAUCGCGCCUGUUUGUAACUAUUCCACGAUUCCAGAACGGAAUACCGUACACGCUGGGGCGUGUUUCCAACUCUCAGGGUGCCUCGGGUCCAUUGGUGGAACCCUAUCCAACUGCUAGCAUCCAAGAUCGACCGGAUGGUUCGAAUUGCCAAGGGAUAGUAUCCGUUUUUCGGAUCAAGAUCGACGAGUGCAAUCGCAUGUGGGUGCUAGACACGGGAAAGGUUGGUGAAGUGCGUAUGUGUCCCGCGAAGCUGCUUGUUUUCGAUAUGAAAACGGAUCAAAUCAUUCAUCGGUACGAGAUCCCAGCCGAUCAGUUGACUUGUGAGCUGUCCCUGUUGGUAAAUCUGGCUGUCGACGUGCAGGAUCCAGCACCACUAGGAACGUGUCAGAAUACGAUGGUAUAUAUGGCUGACGUGACGGCAGCAGGAAUGGUCGUGUACAAUAUGGCUCGACGUAAAUCGUGGCGCGUCACCAACAAGCAGAUGUACCCGAAUCCCGAUCAUGGCACUUUCACUGUUGCGGGCGAAACUUUCGAUCUGAUGGAUGGUAUCGUGGCGAUGGCGUUGUCACCGAAAAUUUCCUCCGAUAAUGUGGUGUUUUCCUCGUAUGGCCAAAGCUGGCGUCCGGCGAGUGACCGAUUGCUGUACUUCCAUGCGCUAGCUUCGAUGACGGAGAAUGCCGUCCGCACGUCCUUGCUGAACAAUGAUACUAUAUGGGAGGAGAACGUAGAGGCGGAACAGCGUGCCUUCCGACCGAUUGGCAACCGGAACUCACAGUCCGUCGCUCAGGCAAUGGAUAGCAACGGGAAUCUCGUGUUUGGACUCGUGGCGCAUAAUGCGAUCGCGUGCUGGGACACGACAACACCGUACACGCCGGUCAAUAUGAGAAUUCUGACGCAGAAUAGCGAAACAUUGCAGUUCCCGAGCGGGUUGAAGAUCCUGCGUAAUCGCAAGGGUGCAGAGGAGCUGUGGGUACUGUCGUGUCGCUUCCAGAAGGUGAUGACCGGUUCGCUGAACACCGGCGAGACCAACUUCCGCAUCCAGGCCAUACAGAUGUCGGAUAUAUUGGGGGGACGUACCUCCUGUCGAUUGUAAGAGAAGUGUGUGCUUGUGUGCUUGUGUGUACGUGUGUAAAUGUGUGUAUGUUCUUGUGUGUUUAACGGCAUACAGAUUCCAGUUCAAAAUAAAACAGUAAACUAAUUCA